GCGUGCCAUUUUUGUGCACGGAGAUUCAGCACUCGGUCAGUGUGCAUUUUCUGCACAGUGUCACCGACAUUGCUCGGUUCUUGACAUUUUUGAUCUCUGGAUUAGGGUGAAAAUUACCGCUUAGAGAUGGCGUGACGUACUGGUGACAAGAUGGAUACGUCCCUUUUUCUUCUGGUCUUUCUCUUGGCCAGCCCUGUCCCUUCUUUGACCGAUCCAUCUGGAAAACUGGGGUGUCGCUUCAGCCCAGUGUGCGACGAAGAUGAAGUGUGUGCAGAAGACCAACUGUUCGGCACCUGCAUGCAGCGUUUGGCCAACUUCCUGCCCAACUACAAGCUUGACCCGGCCGGCCUGAAGCAACUGAAGGACGUCGUCCAGUAUCUACUGGACGAGGGUUUCGCGUGGGAAGAUCAAUAUGCGCAGGAUUCCCUUCGAGAAGUCCUCGACCCCUUCAGGCAGAGUAUCGUCCCCGUGGCCCCUGAACUCCGACCCCCGGGAUACCAGCCAGAAUCUCCAAUGACCGACGCAGAGGCCGAGGCGUGGGCUACCGUGGACCGCCUGGCCCAAACCUACCAGGCCGUGCUGGACGAAUACCAGGAGCGUUACCGGGCCUACGAGGAGUUGGUGAAGACGUACGGGUUCGGGACCGACGACGACCUGAACCAGUACGCGGCUGAGAUGCAGCGCAAGUACGAGAGCGUCGUCCGCGAGCUGCAGGCCGAGGAAAGAGAGAACUUGCGCCGGCUGUACAACCUGUACUACGAGAAGUAUCUGAGCCUGCUGGAGGAGGAGACUAACCAGGGCGCGACUGAUGCGCAGGAUGCGUGGGAUAUUGAAGGCGGGUACGGAGAGGGCAACGAUUGGAAGGGGCUGUACAAAAUGCGACUGCUCAAGGAAUACUUGCAGCUCCUCUACAAUGAGAAUCGGGAUCGCUGGGUGACGUCCUCGGAAGAAUCGGCCUCAGAAUCCGACACCUCUUCCGAGGGCUCGUCUUACUCCUUGGAAUCCUUCAUGGAGGAGUGGAACGGAGAUUUCGGCAACGAGCUGCCCGUCGGCAAUGAUGAGGUUGCCGUGGAGACGGAGGCGGCCGAGCCUCAAGAUCAGAACAAGCAGGGAGAAGGGACCGUGUAUGAUACGAUCUUCGGCGAUUUGGACGGGCAGUACUGGAACGCCCUGACCGACGAGGAGAAGAACGAUCUCAUCGACGAGAUCUUGCAGCUAGAGGCCGAAGAUGCGGGCGUUGCCACGGAGACGGGAGACGCGGAGGAGGAAGGUGGAGGAAAGGAGGAGCAAGGGGCGGAGUCUGGCGAGGAAAAGGGGGCGGAUGAGAAAAAGGCUCCCUCUAGCAAAGGUCAAGGGGUCGGCCAGCCUGGCAAGGAGUUCGUUGAACCCUUGCAGCAGCCUAAGGAGUCGGGGAUUAGCAUGAAUGUUGACCUGGCCAAGAAGGACGAAGAUGCUGUUGCCGUGGCAACGCCAGAGCCUGCCAGGAAGGAGCCUACCACACCCGCGCCCGAGCCGACCACCGCCAAGAGGACGACAUUUGCUCCUUCUGGCUACGUCUUCAUAGCCCUAACGUCGGGGAUCAGUUUGCGAGAAGCUCAGAUGCUUGUCGAGGAGCUGGCCAUUGCCCUGGACGCCCCAGAAGGAGCCUUCUCCGAGAUAGAAACUGGUGAGAAACAGGUGACGUUCAAAGUUCAUCCCGACGUGAUUCGGAUGACCCCAGCCGAGGUCGCUGAAGCUGCAGCUGCUCGUCAGUCAGAUCUGGAAGACAUGAUGGGAGUCACCAUUACAGAGACGGGGGUGGGCAAACAGGUAAGUCAAUUUUGUUUCGGAGGGGAAAAUUGUGUCCGUAAUUUUUUUUGAGUGGAGCAAACUUCAUUUUCAGAACUGACACUGAAGAUCGAUAGUGGAAUGUCCGUAGGUCAAAGGUCACAGAGCU